GUGGCGGCCGCGGGGUGACUCAAUUAAAGGUUCGAUUUGCACCACGGCAUAUUAUUGUUUUUUUUUCUGUAAUUCCGAAGAAUCAACAAUAAAAACAUGUUUUCGAGUAAGGUUAUGACACGUCUGUGCCAGCAAGGGGGCCGGCUAGCUAUUAGGCUUGCAUCUACCACUGUUCCUGAAAACACGAAGAUUGAAAAAACAUUGAAUCAGGUCUCUCUGCUUGGUAGAGUUGGUGCAGAUCCUCAGAGAAGAGGCUCGGAAGAACACCCGGUGGUUGUUUUCUCAAUGGCAACGCACACUAAUUACAAAUAUGAUGGAGGAGAUUACGUACAAAGGACAGACUGGCACAGAAUCUGUGUCUUCAAGCCCACUCUUCGUGACGCAGUUUACGAAUACUUGAAGAAGGGGCAAAGAGUAAUGGUGAAUGGACGUCUAAGCUACGGAGAAAUCAAAGAUGAGGCCGGCAAUCCCAGAGCCACGACUGCAGUGAUCGCUGACGACGUUAUAUUCUUCCAGGGUAAUUCGAAAGAAUAUUGAAUACUAUCAAACGAUUAUGAUUAAUUCCCAUCAAUACUUCCACUUGAUCAAUAUUCUCACUAAUAAUCGUGAAUUAUCUUGUACAAAAGAUAGAAAUAUAAUUUUUCUAAAAAAAAAACAAAAUAAAAAAUUGUUCGUAUUAUGAACAACAAUCCAUCAUUUUCACCCAGAUGAAUUGGUAAAUUUUUUUCAAAGUCUAGAAGAGAUAAUUAAGUAGAAAAUUGGUGAAAUGAAAAUUUGCAACUUUUUAUGCAGGUAAAUUGGAAAACCUAAUUUUUAGUAUUUGAUAAUUUAAAAUUAGCUGAAUUUAAAAAAAUGCUGAUGGUAAAAUCAUCACAUUAUUUAAAGAGAGAGAGAGAAAUCAUUCGAGGGUUAUGUAAAUGGAUAAAAAAAAUUUACCUCUUAUUCAGUAUUUUUUCAUAAUUAAAAUUGCAUCCAAUCGGUUCACCCAUGUAUUUUGUGGCAAGUAUUAUUUAAUACAAGAAAUUCUCUCAUAACAACUCUUUAUUCCUCAAUUAUUUAAAAAAACGAGACUGCGAACACGCGCAUCGCGUUGUCUCUUCUGUAAUAGAUUAUUCAUCUGUAAGAUUAUACUGUUAAAAAUUUACUCCUGAAAUUUUAUAGAAACACAUUUGACAAUACCAGCAUAACCAACACAACACA